UCGGUCUCCUUCAAAAUCUAUAUUGCAUUGCAAAGCAAAGUCUAUGGAAAACAAUAUCCCAAAUGAAUCAGAGACAGAGAAACAUCCAUUGAUACAGUCAACGUUGUCAAAACCACAAGUUAAACCAAACAGCCACUCAUUAAUCCAACUAACAUGUUUGGAAUCAAAGAAGCUAUGGCACAUUGCUGCCCCUUCCAUCUUCACACGUCUCGCCAUGUUCUCAAUCACCGUCGUCACUCAAUCUUUCGCCGGUCAUCUCAACGAUCUCGACCUCGCCGCCAUUUCUAUUGCUUGCACCCUCCUCAUCUCCAUCACUUUCGGCUUCUUGCUUGGAAUGGCUAGUGCGCUUGAGACCCUUUGUGGCCAAGCUUACGGCGCGGGACAGCACCACAUGUUGGGUAUUUAUUUACAACGUUCUUGGGUUGUUCUGUUCUUGUCUUCGAUUUUGUUGCUGCCAAUGUUUGUGUUUGCCACACCCAUGUUGAAGUUCAUAGGACAGCCUGAUGCAGUUGCGGAGCAAGCGGGAUUGGUUGCAAUUUGGUUGAUUCCGUUUCACAUGAGCUUCCCAUUUCAAUUCUCAUUGCAAAGAUUCUUGCAGUGUCAGUUGAAAACCACGAUUAUAGCUUUGGUUUCAGGGGGAGCACUUGUGAUUCAUGUGUUAGUGAGUUGGGUUUUUGUUUAUAAGAUGAGAAUUGGGAUUGUUGGGAUUGCUCUUACUAUUGAUUUCUCUUGGUGGGUCUCAGUUAUUGGAAUGCUUGUGUAUACACUCUUUGGUGGGUGUCCUCACUCUUGGACUGGGUUUUCUGUUGAGGCUUUUGCUGGCCUUUGGGAUUUCUUUAAACUCUCUUUCGCUUCUGGGAUCAUGCUUGCGUUAGAGAACUUCUAUUACAGAAUGUUGCUUAUAAUGUCUGGUUAUAUGUACAACUCUGAUGUGGCAAUUCGCCGAAUUUUUUGCAGUGUUACUAUUUAUGGUUGGGAAUCAAUGAUACCGCUUGGUUUUUUGGCUGCAACUGGGGUGCGAGUAGCGAACGAGCUUGGCGCAGGCAAUGCGAAAGCGGCAAAAUUUGCGACAAUGGUUUCAGUGGUAAAUACUGUAUUGGUGGGAUUGAUCUUUUGGUUGGUAAUUGUGGCCUUUAAUGAGAAGCUUGCUUUGAUCUUUACAUCAAGUUCAUCUGUAAUCCAAAUGGUCAAUGAAUUAGCAUUCUUGUUAGCUUUUACCAUUCUUCUUAAUUGCAUUCAACCAGUUCUUUCAGGUGUAGCAGUCGGAUCUGGUCGGCAAGCAGUGGUUGCUUACAUAAACAUUGGAAGUUACUAUUUCGUCGGAAUACCUCUCGGGAUUCUUCUAGGCUGGCUACUACCUUCAGGCAUUGUUGGCAUGUGGACCGGAAUGAUGAGCGGAACGGUGGUUCAAACGUUGAUCUUGGCCAUUAUUACAUUGAGAUAUGAUUGGGAAAGAGAGAUACGGAAAGUGCAGAUUCUUGUUAAGGUGGAUGCAACGUCCAACCAAUAACGAACAUGAAUUCAUGUUGUAUUGUAUCAACUGAAUGAUAAAACUUUGCUAUUUAAGAUAGUUUUGUUUUUUGAUUUAUCAAAACAUUUUAUUUGUAAAAACAGAAACUGGAUGUAUAUUCAAUUGCCUAAUAAAGCUUAUUCUUGAAGAAUAUUGGACCGUGAUGAA